AUUACCAUGGAGUGGGUGGGGCCAGAGUAUGUGGGAAAUUUGAAGAUAGCAGAUUCUGGAGACCUGGAUAUACACAUUUAAUUACUGAAGUUCUAACCCACGGACAAACACAUGUCCUCCACCUACCAAACUAGUGUAAGUUUCUCUGGAAGCUCUCACACAGGCAGCUACACGUCAUCCCUGCCCCCCAACGAAGACUACUUUAGUAUUGAUGACAUCCUCUCGUCCGACCAGAGAGUUCCCUGUCAGUUUGAGCUCCCCAUCUACAGAUUGGGUUUCCUGGACCCGAGUACGAGCAACGAGCACUUGGAAAGUGGAACUAAGCUCGAGCUGCCAUUCUGGUUGGCCAAAGUGUUGUGUACGAGGAAGAAACUGAUAGUUAGUGUGGAACUUCCUAAGGCUUUUCGAGAGGGGCAAAGAGACAUUCUCAGCGCUGAUGCUAAAGUUGUUGACCUGUAUAAACUUGGCCCCUUUUAUUACUCCCUAGGUGUCAAACUACUCUGUUUCGAUCACUUGGAGAGAGGAGACCUUUCAAAGUCACUUUUAGAGGCUUUUUUAAAUCGAUUCAGAUUGAUUAUGGAUACUUCACAACAUGCAUACCAGUCGAGUACUACUGCUCUCACUGCCAAGCUGGAUGAGACGGAGAGAAAACUGUUCGUAGUGGGGCAGAAAGCCAUGGCUGAUUUUGAGAACUGGGAGAGGGGACUCAGCCAUAAAAUACACACCUCCAGUAUCGUUAGAAACAGUAGGAAGAGAAAACGAGAUGAAGUAGAAAAGUAAAUUUAAUUUAAAUUACUUAUCACACUUUUAUGU